CUCAAGAAUAAAUGGGGAGUUAACUUCCUGAAAUGAAAAUCCCAUCAUGCCAUUCACCCAUGGAAGAUCUUUUAAUGACAGAAUAUAAAGGCCAAACUCAGUAUUGCCUCCAAGACCUUCCUAGACCGGCCCCAGCCAAACUCUCUAGUGUUAUAUAUUGCUACUCCCUACCUGAAAUUUAUACUUGAGCUCUGUACCCACAUCUCAUGCUAUUUCUCACCUCCCUAUCUUUGCUCAUCAAACUCUCUAGUGUUAUGUAUUGCCACUCCCUGCCUAAAAUUUAUACUUCAGCUUUGUAGGUUAAUUAUAUGGUUUUAUCUUUCAAACCUGUUCCAUCUGCCUUUAAUGACCUUGAGUAAUGACCUUGACUAAUUCCUGUUUAUCCUAAAAUCCACUUCCUGGCCUUAUUCCACACUGGCCAGGCUCUGUGUAUGUCCAUUGUGUAUGUCCAUUGUCAUCCUGUGCAUGUCUCUUACACCACAUAACGCAUUGCAUCACAAUGAUGAGUUAAUCUUCCCCCUGAACUGGGUGGGGGCAUCUCUUGUUCAUUUUGUAUUUCUCGGACCUACCAUCUUACCUGUCAUACAGGAAGUCAUGUGGAUGGAUUCAAGGAGAAUAUUCGAGACUGGAAAUUAGGAGACAGAUUGUUGCCACAAUCAAAGUGAAAGAUAACUAGGGUAUUGACUAGGGGAGUGGUGAGAUAAAUGGGACAUAUAUGGAAAAUAUUUAAGAGAGAAGAUUGUGUCUUGAUGAAUGUGAUACUACCACAUAGAUUCUUCUCCUAUGUCUCCAUGGGGAUAAAAACAAGAGUUUCUCUAGAUUCUAGACUUAGCCCUUCUCAUCCAGAAUUCUUCGAGAGAAUGAAGCCCCAAUCUCCCAAGGGAUCCUUUGUAAGAUAUAUGUUGGGUAAAGGAGGAAAACGGAAGUUUGAUGAGCAUGAAGAUGGGCUGGAAGGCAAAAUCAUGUCUCCCUGUGACGGUCCAUCCAAGGUGUCUUACACCUUACAGCGCCAGACUAUCUUCAACAUUUCCCUUAUGAAACUCUAUAACCACAGGCCCCUGACAGAGCCAAGCUUGCAAAAGACCGUUUUAAUUAACAACAUGUUGAGGCGGAUCCAGGAGGAACUCAAACAGGAAGGCAGCCUGAGGCCCGUGUUCACCCCCUCCUCCCAGCCCACCACAGAGCCCAGCGACAGCUACCGCGAGGCCCCACCCGCCUUCAGCCACCUGGCGUCCCCGUCUGCCCACCCCUGCGACCUCGGAAGCACUACGCCCCUGGAGGCUUGCCUCACCCCGGCCUCGCUGCUCGAGGACGACGACACGUUUUGCACCCCCCAGGCCAUGCAGCCCGCGGCUCCCACCAAACUCUCACCUCCAGCCCUCCCGCCAGAAAAGGACAGUUUCUCCUCCGCCUUGGACGAGAUCGAGGAGCUCUGUCCCACAUCUACCUCCACAGAGGCGGCCGCGGCUGCGACUGACAGCGCGAAGGGGACCUCCAGUGAGGCCGGCGCCCAGAAACCCGAGGGCCCUCAAGAGAGCCGCGCAGACGACUCGAAACUGAUGGACUCUCUGCCUGGGAAUUUUGAAAUAAUGACGUCCACAGGUUUCCUGACAGACUUGACCCUGGAUGACAUCCUGUUCGCUGACAUUGAUACGUCCAUGUAUGAUUUUGACCCCUGCACUUCCGCAUCAGGGACAGCCUCAAAAAUGGCCCCUGUGUCUGCCGACGACCUCCUCAAAACUCUGGCUCCUUACAGCAGUCAGCCUGUCGCCCCAAGUCAGCCUUUCAAAAUGGACCUCACAGAGCUGGACCACAUCAUGGAGGUGCUUGUCGGGUCCUAAGACCCAGGGUCCCGGCAACUGUGCCCACCCAGACCCCGGAGCGUUCCCGCAACCCUGACAGUUCUCCACACUGUGCAUGCACCCUUGCUUGCCUUUUUCAGAGAAAAAGAAAAUUUUACAACAGGAUCACACUAGUUUUUGCUUUGAGCAGAGUUGGAGUGCCUUCAUCCAAGUAUGACCACUUUUAAUACACUUUUUGGAGUGGUUCCUCAGAGACCUACUACCCUGGUAUAGGAAAGAAUCCAUUCGAAGACAAUGUUGCAAUGUUGAAUGACAAAAAUAAACAGUUCAAGUGAAGCACAAGGAUUAAGUUGGAAAAGCUGUAAAUUGCAUGUGCAUAUUUGUCUAUUUUUUCUAUAAGUUUUAUUGCAAGAGGUAAAGAAGAAAAAAAAAAUAUAUAUAUAUAUAUAUAUAUAUAUCUUAUUUAGAUAAUCUCAGUACCUUUCCUGGCAUUUUCGCCCUGUAUAGGUUGACUUGGCAAUUGGGCCUUUUUAGAGGCAUUAACUACUCCUCAUAAGUGUUGCAUUUACAUGGCUGUUUAGAAAACUGCUGCCCAAAUUUAUUUUAUAUUUUUGUACAGAUUCUGCAGUUUAUGAUAUUGUUUUUCUAAAAACAAAUGCUGUUUAUACAUAUGAGAUAGCUAUUUUGAUAGGAUUUGCUCACAUAGUUCCUGCAAACUUCAGAUGUACAAGUUGCACUUGUACUUUUAUAGAGUUGUAAUGUUUUAUAUGUGUAUGGUGCAAGAGAAAAUUGGAUCAAAUCAGUCUGCAGUUGAUGUCCCCAAAUGCAAACACUCACAGGCACACACAUGCACACACACGGACACACAAAAACACACACACAGCGCUUUAAGAAAGGGCCAAGUAAUAUCACACCCAAAUUUCACAAGCACUGACCCCCUGGCACCAACACCCGCCAGUACUGUGACUUCCAAAGCCAGAGCCACAUACGCCCAUCAAACUCGCAUUCAGCAGUUGGGGGAGAUGGCUGUGGAGCUGGGGGUUUAAGUGAUGGUUCUCUUUUGCUCCCUCUUUUGAGGGUAAAGCUACCAUCUUUCUUAAGAGUGUAUUUAUGCCAAGUUUGUGCUUUUAAUUGUUUUUAUUUUUAAUGAAAACCCAGAUCUUUCCUUUUUGGCAUAAUUUUUAUGAGGACCUGAAAUUUUACACCUGAACAAAAUUUUAUGAAAAGCAACCAACUUCUUCAUGGAACUCAGCCCUGUUGCAAUGCUUAGGGCCCUUAAGAAGAAAAUCUCCCCAGAAGGCAUCCAUCAUGUUGCGAAAUUGUCUUCUGCUCCUUCCUUUCCCUAGAGCUUUCCUUCUGUUGCUAAGAGCUGAAAAUGGCAUCUUCGUGAUCACCACAGUGAGCUUGGCUCCCCUCGGCCGGCCCAGGAUGCACUCUUACAACAUGCGUGACUCUUGAACCUGGAGUUCAUCACAUUACGUCACAGCUUUCCAUCCAGUUGCUUUCCUAAAUCAGCUACUUUACUCUUGACAAGGCUGUUCCACCCCAAAACUCAGACAGGACUUUCUAUGCAUGUUUCCCCUCCUCCCCCCCAUUCCUCCAUUCCACCCCUUCCUCCCAGGACACACUUGAGAAGUAGCUUUUUAUUCCUAGUGGUGUACAUUUAAUUUUAAAAAGUUUGCAAUGUACCAUGCUUGUUGCCGAAACUGUUUAUGGCCUUCUUGUUUCAGUUUUUUCUUCCAGUGGUACUUUAGCUGUUGAGUGCAGGUUACAACCUAUAUUGUUAUGCAGAUGGCUUCUUUAGGAAUAACUUUUAUAUUUAUUUAAAAAUUUUUAAAUUAUGGGAUUUUGUUUUGUUGUCGUUGUUGUUGUCUUUGUUGUUGGUCAUUUGUCAAUAUUCAGUCACCAAUUCUGCUCACUUCUUGCCAUGGAUAAAAUUGGGUCUUUCUGGCUAAUGAAAAAAGACAACUUUAUAAAAUGGCACUUUAAGCAAGCCAUAGUUUUAUUUUUGUAAUGCACAUGGCAGAGCAAAGACGUUUGUGAUGAAGGAACUGCUCAUGUAAGCAAAAGAUUUGAGUAUGAUAUGAUAAAAGUCUUUCUACAUUCUAAUUUAAUUUUCUCCCCACUCGAAUGUGUUUUAAAGGCUAAUUAUCAACUCAGUAGAGCAGUGAGAAACUGAUCAAAUUGCACUUGUUCUCAUACAAGCAACCUCCACGCAGAUACCUCUUACUGCUGCAGGCGUGUCAUUUCCUUUAAUAGGACCAGGGACCAUGUAACUAAGGUGAGAGUUGUAUAGUAGAUGCUUCCAGUGUCACUGUGCCUGUCAAUUUUAAGAGCUUCCCUUUCUCACAGAGAACAAGUCUGCCCAGACUCCAUGCUUCCUAUAACUGGAGGAGCUGGCAAACGUGCCGCAUGCUGCACACCGCAGCCUACAUACGCAUAUACAAUAGUAUUGAUGAUUCUGAACAAUAACAGGGUAAAACAGUUGAUUUGCCAUUGUUAAAAACUGAUUUACAGUAACUUAGAACAACUGUACUUUUGUUGGAUUAGCAAAUCAUGUGUUUAAACAAAUCCCAUAUGUUGGGCAACAGUUCAAAUAAGCAUGGAGAAGUGUUGCCCAAACUUGGUUCUCUGACUCUCAUGUAUUUGUAAGGCUGGGCUUCAAAAUCAAAACAAAAACCCCAACAACAGCAGGUAAAUGCUUUUUUAACUCUGACACCCUUGCCAUAAAUCCUUGAUACUCAAAGUCUAACAAGGAAGAUAUGGAAAAUUAGCAGCCCAUUUUCAGAAAGAUCAAAAUGACCUACGGUUCAAAUUGCCUUUGUAUCCUAUUCUUACAAGUUGAUGUCCCAACAGGGAACAGUAGGAGCUGGAGUGGGAUCUCCAAGUCCCAGUUUGAGUGCAGGAUGUGCUUCCAGAUGCCACCUGGCAGCAGUGCCUUCCCCUUUAUGAAAGACAUCACACGGCAUCCAGGGCCAGGCAGGCAGCUUGAGGUGCCUUCACAAGAAAGCCAAAUUGGGAGCUGGGUCUGGGAGAGGACAGUUAUUGACAGUGAUGUGCAAUGAAGUGACAAGAUGAGAGCAGAAUCGUAAGAGCUUUGAAUUUGAAGAAGUGAGGUUUUUUUCCCCAUAAGUUAUUUAUUCCUAUUUUCUGUGUAAAUAUAUUUAUUUUACUGUGGAGCGCUAACAUCUGGAUCGUAACAUGUGCAGAAUGUAUGGUAGGAAUGUAUUCUCUUGUAGGAAUGUAAAUCUGUAUUAAAAGGGGGUCCAAGCCAGGCCCCCUGGGUCUUCUCAUUGUAUGCACAGUCCGCAUUCAUUUUUACUCUUCUCUAAUAUGGGUCUAUUUGAAAUAUGCAAAAGGUAUGGAUGAGGAAUGUUUUAAUACCUCCAAAUUUUUAAGCAAAUCAAGCAUCAAAGGGUUGAUAUUUUUUAAAGUUUUUUUAGUAGCACUUUCUCUGGAUGACAGAAGAGGUGACCACAUGGGCACCCUCGUUCAUGCCAAAGGGUGAGCAGUGGCCAGUGCCUCCUCUGCACCUCUCGAGUGUCUUUACCAAUUGAGCUUUUUAUCGCUGUAGCCCCUUGGAGUGCCCCAGCUGCCCUGAGGUCAAUUAAGGAAAAUUUCUUAAUGAAAUAAGCUCCAAAGAGCCAAAGUAUCAACUUACGGAUCAUUUUUAAAGCUUAAAUUUAUUAACCACCUUUGCGGUAAACAAUGAAUUAUGAAUAUCACAGGGCAGCCUUCUUAAAUGACAGAUGUAAAAAAAUAAUAAUAAGAGACUCUACUUUGUUCAGCAGUUGCUACUCUAUACGAAUUGUCUUAAUUUGAAAACCUUGCUGUUACAAAUUGGACCUUUAUACGUUUUCUGAAAACAAUGACAAGAGCAUCUUUAACCUUUUCUGGCUGUAAGUGGUUACCUUCCUGUCACGGCCCCACACCUGGAGGCAUGGAGUUGUGUGCGUCCUGCUUAUGUACAAUUGUUUUCACUGUUUCAAGAAUAAGUCUGAAUGGUUCUUGAAAAUUAGGAUCAAAUGCUAUUGCAGACAAAGCCACUAAAAAGUUGGACUUCUUUUAGGGAUAACAAAUUUGAAGAGAAAUGCAGGCCAUAUGUGUGCAUGACCGAGAUUGUGAAAAAAAGAUGUACAUAGUGACAUGUUUGGUGCAUGGUUUUUGAGGAGGGCUUUUGUCAAAAAGGAGGUAUAACCUUUCCCCCACAGACCUGAGAGCUGUGCCUUUUCUAUGCAAUAUUACAGACGUUACAUCAGAACCCAGAUGGCUGUAUUCACAUGUAGGUUUGGGCUGUAAUCUAAACAAUUGGACAGAUUAAAUGUACAUGGAAAUGAGCAGUCUUACUUUUGUAGUUUUAUAUUAUACAAUAAACAGUUAAAAGAUGA